AUGACUCCGUCAAAGGUCGAUCGUCCUUACCGUUGCCAGCGAUACCUGGUAUGUUUCGUAGUGGUAAUCUUGUGCGUCUCGGUGAACGCAAGAUUUCACCAGGAAUCCUUCAAAUCUGACCACGACUAUCCAUGGACCGACCACGAUAUUUCCCUAGACUUUGCGUCCUCCGAGCACUCGCCGUCUUUCAGUCGAUUUUCAGACUUGAGGAAGAGACACUUGGACUUCGACUCCGUCGAGCCUUUCCGCGAACCCAAAGAGUGGUUCACAGCAUCCGCCACUAAAAGGGAGCCCAGAGAGGACAAGAGCUUUAAGAAGAUGGUAUCUCCGUUUUAUACCAUCACGGAGAAAGACUCUCAGAAGUACAGGGACGUCGUGCUGAAGUCUGGUCUCCCGUAUUGCCAAAAGAUAAAGGCGAAACGGCCGGACAAAGUGGUUUGCUACAAAUGCAAGAACCCUAAAAACGGCGCCACCUACGAGCAAUGCUCCUACAUGUCGUCGCAACCGUUGUCCGACUCCAGCAACGUCGAGGACGUGUUCUCGACGCCAUCGAGCUUCAGGAGCAAACGAUCCCAUCCAUACAAAGGCUCCGAUGGUUACAGGAAACGUGAAAGCCCGUAUAGAUUCAGCGACAGGCUGUUCACGGACGCGACGGACGAGGUUCCGGCGCAGUACAGAAACAAGGACGAGAAGUGCGAAAAGGUCGUGAAGAACUCCAUGGUCUGCAUGGUGUGCAAGGACACAAAGAGCAACGGGAAGUACGAGCAGUGCUCCUACGUCGGACAACCUAACGAGAAGAAGUACGCGUACACCAAAUCCAGCGCCUUGAAGAACCCUGAAAGAGGAGGAACGAAGGAGGAAGAUAUCGAGAGGUCCGAUCGUGAGGACGCGGAGGAAUCAUCCGAGCAUUCCGAUCGAGACUACUCCGCCACCAAGCCAGUCAGAGAACACUCGAGUCCUGAAAACGACCAACCCGAUAGACGAACUCCCGAGGAAUCCAAGGAUUCGUCCGAAAACUGCAAGCAAGUGGAAAAGGACUCGAAGACCUGCACCGUCUGCAAGAACCCCAAGACGGGAGCCAAUUACGAGAAGUGUUCGUACACUUACGAGCCCGACGAUAAGGUCUACAAAUACAGUAGGUCAAAGAGCAUUGGGAAUCCGCGCGGUUCGUCCGAAGAGGACGAAGACGACGACAAGGGUUCGAGGUACCAAGGUACAUCCUCGGAGAAAAAACAGAGGAGCGAACCGGAAGAAUACAGCAGUGACUACUCGAUUCCUGAAAGCUUCUACGAGAAACGCCGCUCUCCCGAAUCGAGUUUGUACUUCAAGGACCACGAGCCCAGCUCCAGCUAUCGUCGAACCACUCCCGAGGACUUCAAGUCCACUUCGGAAGAGGACGAGGACGAUUUCUCCGGAUACGAAAAGUCCAAGUCAGAGUCGGCGAAGGUCGCCAAAAGCAUCGAGCCUAGCAACUGCAAAGAGGUACAGAAGAACUCCAUGACCUGUACGAUCUGCAAGGACCCUAAGACGGGAAGCAACUCCGAGCAGUGCUCGUACAAAUCUCAGCCAACCGACAAGAGCUUCGCCUACACCAGAUCGAAGUCCUUCGGUAGCCCAACCAAGACAGACGACAAGUCCUCCGAAAAGUCCGAGAAGAACAAGGAGUCCCUUGAACCAGUUUACAAACAACGAACCUACGGGUUCUCCUCCGAGAAGGAACCCUACAGCACCAACAGCAACCCUAAACGGGAGUAUCGCGAGUUCGUUUCCCCUAGCGUGUCCGAAUCCGAGGCGAAGGAGGAGUCAACGACGAAAGCUGCCGCGAAGAAAAUCGACGCCGACUUUUACGAGGCCUUCAAGAAGAAAGCUGAGAUACAAAAGGUCUUACAAGAGUUCCAGAAGGAGGAUCGUUCGAACUGCAAGAAAUUGAUGCGCAACAAAAUGACCUGCUAUCAGUGCACGGACGAGAAAGGCUUCCAGAAGGAGGAAUGCGCGUUCAUUGCCGCUGACGAAGCUGCCGAAGACAAGGCGGAGUCCACCGAGUCGAAAGAUGUCCAGGAGCCUACCAAGAAGAUGUCUAGGUCGACCAUCAUCGAGAGACGCGUGGGUAACGUUCCCCUCGACUCGGAUGCUUCGGCCAGCGAGAAUAUUCACGAGAAGAAGAAACCCGCGAUACAGGAGGAGGAAGAGCUGAAGGAAGUCGAGCCUUACGAGUACGUCGCUGAGACCAAGCCCGUCUUCGACAAAAUCCUCGGGAUCACCCUUCCAGCGUUCAUGCUGAGCACUUCCGAGGACGAAAAGGAAUUCGAUAGGGCUGUGGCGUCCGGUAGAAAUUAA